AUGCAAUCAAUAAAAUGCGUUCUCGUUGGUGAUGAAAAUGCUGAAAAAACGACCCUUCUUAUCUCUUAUACGACCAAUAAAUUUCCAAGUGAAUUCGUCCCUACUGUUUUUGACAAUUAUGCCGUUACAAUAAUGAUUGGUGAUGAGCCAUAUACACUAGGAUUGUUUGAUAUGACUGGUCAAGAAGAUUACGAUCGUCUCCGACCACUUUCAUAUGCUCAAACGGACGUUUUCCUUGUUUGUUUUUCUGUAGUCUCACCAGCUUCUUUUGAAAACAUUAAAGAGAAGUGGAUUCCUGAAGUUCAACAUCAUUGCCCUGGAGUUCCACAUUUGAUUGUAGGCACACAAAUAGAUUUGCGUGAUGACCCUGCUGUAGUUGAAAAAUUAUCGAGACAAAAGAUGAAACCAGUAUCAGUAGAGGAAGGGGAAAGAUUGGCUAGAGAAAUUGGAGCAGUGAAAUAUGUCGAGUGUUCAGCACUGACACAAAAGGGUUUAAAAAAUGUUUUUGAUGAAGCUAUUGUUGCAGCCUUAGAACCACCCGUUGUGCGGCGAGUCAAUCGUCCUUUUAUUAGUAGGUUAAGGAGGUAA